GACACCUUCAAAAUUUCUCCUCUACCUGACAUGUCUGCUCUUAGUGAACAUGGUUAGGAUGAAUGUUGUGAAAAAAGCACCGAUUGUGCAUCAAAAGAGGAGCUUUGUAUCAGCCGAUGUUGGUGAAAACUUGGUUUUACAAUGUCUUUAUGGAGAUGAUGCUGCAAGAUAUUACUGGUAUAUUCAAAGAAUGGGAAAGAACCUGGAGCUUAUCUGUGUUAGCUAUAAAAAAGAGACAAAUGCAACAUUUUUUGGUGACUUCAAGGACAACCCACGCUUCAGACUGGAAACUGAAGCUGGUCAGAGCCAGUUCAAAAUUUCAAAUGUACAGCUUUCAGACACAGCAACCUACUUCUGUUCCACUAGUCUUUCGUUUGUGUUUGAGUUUGGAGAGGGGACGACAGUGUGGGUGAAGGAUUCUGGAUUCACCAUCCAAGCGUCGGUCCAUCAAUCAGAAUCCGGAAGCAUCCAACCUGCAGGUUCUGCAACUCUGAGCUGCACAGUUUACAAUGGGACCUGUGAUGGAGAACACAGUGUUUACUGGUUCAAAGAUUCUAAGAAAAGUCAUCCAGAGUUAAUCUACACCCAUGGAGAUGGGAAUGGUCAGUGUGAGAGAAAAACACACACCUGUGUAUACAACUUGCUGAUGGAGAACCUGAACAUGUCAGACGCUGGAACCUACUACUGUGCUGUCGCCUCAUGUGGACACAUUCUGUUUGGAAAAGGGACCAAACUGGAUGUUAAAAGUGAGCUGAACUCGCUGCACUUAGUUUAUAUUCUAAGUGUUGCUUUGACUUUUACCACCAUCCUGAAUGCUGUACUGGUUUUCUUACUGCGUAAGCUGUACAAGAGAGGCAACAGCCAAACAGGCUUUCCGGGAGCACCAACUGAUAAACACAAUCGCCGCCAUUGGGUCAACUGUAAUUUCGGUGCAGCAACCCAUUCCUCACACUCAGUCAGUCCCACUGUCGCAACAGCCCCAGCACCUCAGGCUCGAGCUCCUGUCUCUCCAACGGGCCUGGAGCUCGUUUCUGCUGCAUCUGUAGCUAAGUUAGAUGUGGGGAGGGGAAACCGAAUCCGUCUGGCACUACAUGGAGCAGUUGGUGAAGAACGUACGUCUGUUUCAAUCAGUUACCCAGCGCUGCAUGGCUACCUCAGUAUCUGUAGUCCAGCCGGCAAACCAGACCCUCACGAUGUGAGUGUUCAGUGA